AUGGCCGACUCUGCUUCGCCCAUUGGCAUUGCCAACCNNCACAAGAUUGUCGCCAAGCGCGGCGCCGCCUUCACAAUCAUGGUCAGCUCAUCGAUACGCCUCCAGUCGCAUCACAGAAAUACUCACACAUGUACAGNNGUUGCUGGCGAGUCCGGUCUCGGCAAGACUACCUUCAUCAACACCCUCUUCUCCACCACCAUCAAGAACUACGCAGACCACCGCCGCCGUCACCAGAAGCAGAUUGACAAGACUGUCGAGAUUGAAAUCACAAAGGCAGAGCUCGAGGAGAAGUUCUUCAAGGCUCCUCAGNUUCGCCUCACCGUUAUCGACACUCCUGGCUUCGGCGACUACGUCAACAACAGAGACUCAUGGCAACCCAUCAUCGAGUUCCUCGACGACCAGCACGAGUCAUACAUGCUCCAGGAGCAACAGCCCCGUCGUGGUGAGCGCAUCGAUCUGCGCGUCCACGCCUGUCUCUACUUCAUCCGCCCCACUGGUCACGGCCUGAAGCCCCUCGACAUAGAAGUCAUGAAGCGUCUGUCUAGCCGCGUCAACCUCAUCCCCGUCAUCGCAAAAGCAGAUACCCUCAGCCCCAACGACCUCUUGAAGUUCAAGUCGAGAGUAUGUUCUCACUCUUUCCCUGCAUUUCCCCACAUUCUAACCCCCACAGNNAUCCGCAACAUCAUCCAAGCUCAGGGCAUCAAGAUCUACUCUCCUCCCCUCGAGGAAGAUGACGAAUCCGCCCUCAGACACGCUCAAUCUCUUAUCACCUCUAUGCCUUUCGCCGUCAUUGGUUCCGAGAAAGAUGUCACCACUCCCGAUGGCCGCAGCGUCAAGGGCAGACAAUACGCUUGGGGUGUCGCCGAGGUUGAGAAUGAGGAGCACUGCGACUUCAAGAAGUUACGCGCCGUCUUGAUCCGCGCACACAUGCUCGACUUGAUCCACACCACAGAGGAGAACCACUACGAGGCCUACCGCGCACAGCAAAUGGAGACCCGCAAGUUCGGCGAAGCCAGGCCACGCAAGCUUGAUAACCCCAAGUUUAAGGAGGAGGAAGAGGCUCUUCGCAAGCGUUUCACAGAGCAAGUCAAGGUUGAGGAACAGCGCUUCCGUGCCUGGGAGCAGAAGCUCAUCGCCGAGCGCGACCGCCUCAACAAGGACCUCGAGACCAGCCACGCGCUUAUCAAGCAACUGGAGACCGAGAUCGAGGGCAUGCAAGGCAGUGUUGCCCGCUCUGGACGUCGUUAA